AUGGAAAUAAGGAACUGGACUGUGGUGUCUGAAUUUUUCCUUUUGGGCUUUACCGAUAGAAAGGAGCUACAUUUCCCUCUCUUUGUGUUGUUUUCAGCUAUAUAUGUUCUUACAAUCCUUGGUAAUAUUGGUAUGGCUGCCAUUAUAUGGACAUCUUCUCAAUUUCAUGUUGCCAUGUACUUAUUUCUCUUUAAUCUCUCCCUAGUUGAUGCCUGUUUCUCUACUUCUGUUAGCCCUAAAAUGUUAGCCAAUUUGUUAAUGAAGACAUCUAGCAUAUCACUUUUAGAAUGUGCCACUCAGUUGUAUUUUGCUGUGACUUUUGGGACCUCAGAAUGUUUUCUUCUCUUAUUUAUGGCCUAUGACAGGUAUGUGGCCAUAUGCAGCCCCCUGAGUUAUUCAGUCAUCAUGACCAACCAGCACUGCCUUAUACUAGCAGCAGUAUCACAUAUCAUAGGCUUUCUUCACUCUCUCAUCCACACCAUUGCCACCUUUAGCAUUCCCUUCUGCAAGCCUGAUAUCCACCACUUCUUUUGUGAUAUCCAACCACUCUUGAAGCUCUCUUGUGGAGAAACAACUACCAAUGAGAUCCUGUUAUUCAUGUUCACUGGCUCUAUCACCAUUUGUUGCCUCCUGACCAUACUUGUAUCUUACUUCUGCAUCUUGUGUGCUGUCUUUAAGAUCAGUUCUGCUGGUGUAAGGUACAGAACUUUCUCCACUUGUUCCUCUCAUAUUACAUCUGUCUUGUUAUAUUAUGGGAGUAUCCUGUUCAUGUAUUUAAGACCAAAUUCCAAAUAUAAAGAUCAAGAUUUAUCCGGAUCUGUUUUUUACUCACUAGUAAUACCUUUGUUGAACCCUUUCAUAUACAGCCUUAGGAACAGAGAUGUGAAAAAUGUAAUUAGGAAAACCCUAGCAUUAAGAAUAUUUUAUUGCAAUCGUAUAUAA